GCAGGCUCUGAGCAUGUCGCUAUAGUAACCCGGCCCUUCCUGCUGGUCUCAUUGACGGAGCAGCUCCCAGUGAAGCCGGCGUCAGGUUUAUCCACCGCAAAGCGAAAACUACAGCGACUAAACCGUCGGCAGGAACUAGAAGCACUAUGAAAAUCUGGACUUCAGAGCACAUAUUCAACCACCCAUGGGACACUGUGACCAAAGCAGCUAUGCAGAAGUACCCGAACCCCAUGAACCCCAAUGUAGUGGGAGUGGAUGUGCUGGACAGACACAUUGAUGUCCAGGGAAGGUUACACAGCAGCAGGCUCCUCAGCACGGAGUGGGGGCUCCCCUCCCUUGUCAAAUCUCUUAUUGGGGCCACAAGAUCCAGGACGUAUGUCCAGGAGCACUCAGUGGUGGAUCCUUCACAACAUACUUUUGAACUGAAGUCGACUAAUAUUACAUUUACCAACCUGGUGUCCGUGGAUGAGAGGCUGAUUUACAAACCUCACCCCCAGGAUCCUGAAAAGACUGUGCUAACACAGGAGGCCAUCAUCAGUGUGAAGGGAGUCAGUCUCAGCAGCUAUUUGGAAGGGGUCAUGGAGAACACCAUCUCUUCGAAUGCCUGCAAGGGCCGCGAGGCGAUGGAGUGGGUGAUCCGACGACUGAACAUGGAAAUCGAAGAGUUAGCCGCGGCGGCCAGGAGCACCAUCAGGACGCCCAUGGCAGCGGCAGUCACUGACAAAUGACAUCCCUGACCUUGAGACAGGCUCGCUCUCAUCAGACUCGACUCCGAGUCACCCACAGCUCCUCUUUGUGCUGGUUUUAUAUUUAUUUAUGUACAUGUAUAAUAUAUCUCGAAGUCCUUCUAUUUAAGAGAUUCAUAUCUAUAUUAGAUAUCAUUUAGACUGAGCACAAAGAGAAGCUGUGGAGGCUUAUUUAUUACCGAAAGGUGUAAAGCAUGACCGAUGAUUUUUUUUUAAAGGAUCUGCGUUCUGGUAUUAAUCUGCUGAACGUUGCUGAUUUUGAAAGUUAACGCUGAAAUGUUAAGUGUAAGUGUGUGAACAUGUUGGUUCUGAUGUGUUUUUAUGUGUGGAUUUGCACAUACACGUGGGAUCUUGGAUCCUGGAACUCAUGCAGAGAUGACAAGCCAGUGCACACUUUGUGCAGAAGUGUUAUUUCCACGAUCCAAGCCUGAUGCAAACGACUAAGUGGAGACUGAGCAGAAAGACCAGGGACAAAAACAGCAAUGAGACUUCUGAACCUAUGUGCCAUCUCUCUGUCACAUAGAGAUGUGAUGAAUACAUAUAAUUCAUUGGAAAAUGAAUGUACAAAUAUUUAGGUAGUAUAUGUGAAGGCCAGUUUCCUUAGACUGAAAGUUUGUGUUUAACUUUAUUCAUUUUUUUUUUUUUUUUUUUUUUGUUAUGCGUAUGUGUUUCAUGAUCACUUUCUAAUACUUUAACGCAGAUUCUUUCUCGGUCAGACUAAGGAGUCAUCAACUGCCAGAUGAUUCUGGCAAAUCAACACUUGAAUGUCAAGUACUGUACAUUUUAGUAUUAUAUAUUCAAGCUGAAAACGAAGGGGGUGUUUUUCAUAUGAAGCAAACCCUGGAGUUUUAAAGUGGACCAUUUGAAACACCUAGCUGUUGGUUAGUGCACAGUGUUAAAGUUCACUUGCUCUCGAGUUUGGGACUUGAUAGAGGGAUUGCAGAUGACUGAACAAAGAAGGACUGUACUGCGCAAGGAACAGCCUGUGUUCCCCCUGGCUGAGACUGCAUCCAAAUGGGGAAGGAUAACCUGUAAGAGACCGCAAAAUGAAUUAUUAAAAAACAGACUUGUUGUGCACAAACAAACAAAAACUAAAAAAAAAGAAAAACAGGAAAUUAGAAGCAGUAGAAUCACCUUAACCCUUUAAUGUACCCAGCGCUGGCUAGGCCAGCUGAUAACAAUACCAGAUGUAAAGCGUUUAGAAAAUCGCUCUCACCAGCAGAUUAGUGUGUUUCAUUAGGCUGCACAGUGUGGGAUUUCUGUUUCAAAUCCUGCAAAGAUUCAACUGCAGGAAUGUGAAACUGUCUCUCCCUGCCCCCCAAAUAAUAGUCAGUAAAUAAUAUCAAGCCUGUUCUGUUUGAGCUUAUUCAUCACAAAAGUACAUUGAUACAUUCAGAUCCUGGAGUUAUUUAGCAAGUGAGACUUUUUAUUUCAGAGUCCACACACAGAUUGAACUUGUCUUCAGUACAGACAGCCGAGAGGACUGUGUAACCCAUGGAGUUUUGGUGUUUAUUUUUUAUUUGUUUGUCUAACAGAAGUGGAUACCUCAUUUUAACAACCAAAGGGAGCAAAUUAUCCAAACUAGAACAGAAGUACUUCUGCAGCUUACAGUGAAUUCAAAGGACACCUCCCUGUAAGGUGACAGAACCUAGGCACAGUCUGAUGUAUCUAUUUUCAAUUUGCAUCUGUAUAUGGAGGAGAAUCCCAUCCCAAUGCUCCGCGCUGCAGGAAUAUGAAUGUGAAAUGUGCAGAAAGAGGUAGCGAAUGGAAUUGCACCAUGCUGCUAGAUUGUCCCUCUGUAAUACCUUAUCCACACUACCUUGCAAUCAACACAACUGUUUGUGCUGGCUCUCUGGUCUUGGGGUUUGGCACGGUUGUUUAUUGAGCACACUGGAGCCCAGUGCAGUGUGUUUACCAUUUGUAAAUGUGCCUCAGCCCUGUCCAGGACACCAGUGUGAGCACCAUGCCGUUUUCAUGGCUGUGGACUCCACAUCAUUGUAAUUUGCUUCCUUUCGGUCACCUUGUUGUACCUGGCAUGUGUCUUUAUCAUAGGUGUUGCAUUUUAGAACGGAAUUUGUGGAUUGUUAGCUGGGAAGAGAACCCAGUAAAGUAGUUGCAGGGUGCAGUUUUUUAAAUCUGUCAUGCAUACACUUUGAAAACACCAACCACUUCUGAGAAAGGAAAAAAAGAAAAUAAAUCAAACCUAGAUAUUUUACAAAAUAUAGAAACUUUUGGAAACAAGCUCUGGAAAUGUGUAUUUUUGAACAUGAUGUUUAAGUAUAUUAAAAAUAUAUAUUGUUUUGAGAUUCAUUCCACCGCUGAAGACUAUUACUUGACCCUAUUGUAAUGCAGGGUGAUAAACAACAUGCUAUUCAACUCAUUACAACCCUUGUGUGGUGCUGGGGUGAAAUGAUUAUUGAGAAAUUCAUUUGCCAUGUAUGUAUGUGCUAGUGCAUGGAAUUGUGUAACAUAGAAUAUGCUAAGAAAUAAAUAAUAAUAAUAAUAAUAAUGUUUGGAAAGAGUUCCAUAAAACAUCAUGUAGGAAUUCAAAUCACUUUAAACAACUUUAAAAACAGUGACGAAUAGUUUAAUAAGUUUUUAAACCCAAACCAUUUCUGCUAUCCAUAAUGACAACACAGUAUAAAAAUUGGUGGAUCUUUGUCCACUGAAUAUAAAACCCUGGACAUCACAUUAAAAGUGGCCUUCACACGAGUUUGGCUGUAAACUGGAGUCUUUCAAAACUUCUCUACAGAGUGCAGGGAUAUUAACAAAGCCCUCCUCCACCAUUUCCUGUACUACCCCAGCAUUCCUGCAAAGCACACUCCCUUUAAUUACCUAGGCAUGACGACGCGUUCAUUACCACUGCAGGCACCAAGCAGCUGUGUUACUACAGUGCCAUACGAAGAAAACAAAACACUCAACAAGCCAAAACAUUAGCGUUGCUAUUAUUUCAACUAAUAAUCUGUUCUCUGCAUAGCCUUUGUGUUCCAGUACAAUAACUAGACUGUUUCUUUUUGUUAUAAAGUUGAAAGCUUUAACAGUACUAAAGUAGGUGUUGUGAUGCUGUCAGGGGUCUGUUUUCCAGGAGCAGUGCUGUGUCUCUGUGCUCUUUUGUAGAGAUAUGGCUGGAUUGUCUGUGUUGAAGAGACUCAAACCUGCGGUGUGCUUCAGCAGUUUUGUCUUUAUAAAAUCACUGAAAACAAGCAUUUAAGGUCUGAUGACAGAUACUAAUAAAAUAUGAUACUAAAACCUCA